AGUCAGAAGCCAAGAAGUGUACUUUAAGCUUACCUAGCAACAUUUUGCAGUUGCAGUUACAGUAAUCGAGAGGGGGGUGUUAAGGGAAAAAAUGAUUUAGGAUUGCUGUGUUAAAUUCAGCGCUGUAUCUAAAGAUGAGCUUAAUCAACAAUUAACGGACAGCACUAAGAAGAAAACUGUGACAGGAUGUCUAAACCUGAAAUCUAUUAUUUUUUAGCAGAAUGGGAAAUUACAGUGUAGCUCGGAUGUAGUUGUAAGCAUUUUUAAGGGUCUUUUGGAUUUUACAGAUUGUUUCGCCUGUCGAGAUAUAACUCGACUCGAAGAGCUGCUGAAAGUGUUAUUUUUCUCAGUAUUAUUUAAGUGUGAAAUAAUAUAUUUUUAGGGUUUACGCCAAUUUUGGAUUGACGAAAGACUUUUCCUAUUCUGUAUUGUGGAUCAAUUAGUAACCACACUGAAUGACAUCCAUCAUCGUGGUCUGCACAAAACCUUGAUGUUUUGCUAAUGAGGACUUAACCCUACUGCUGGCAAGUGCGCCUGAGAUGUCUUAGACCAGCCUCCAACAUACUGAUGGCACAAGGCAUGACGUUCAACAGGAUACACUAGAAGUCAGAAAAUGUUCACCUGGAUUAUACUUAUAUGUUUAUCUAUUGCUGUCGCUAAUUUCCAAAAUAUCCAGCCAAACAAGGCAUUUUCCAAAGGAUUUUGUGACGCUUUGUGCACUUGUGAAGAAAAAGAUGGUGUCCUGUACAUAAACUGUGAGGAAAGAAACAUUAGCAAAGUAACUCAAGUUAAAGUGCCACCAGACACACCUUUCCACCUUACUCUCUAUAAGAAUGACAUAGUAGAACUGCAUCCUGAUGAAAUGGAACACCUUAAGAAUGCUGUCUCACUCCAUCUUGGCACUAAUAGCAUUCAAGAACUGGAACCUGGAGUUUUUAGUGCACUUGGUUCCCUGAAGAAAUUGCAUAUAAACAGUAACUUUAUAGUGAUUUUAAAAGAGGACACAUUUCAUGGUUUGGUUAAUUUGGAGUACCUUCAGGCUGACACUAACUUUAUCAGUGUGAUUGAAUAUGGGGCAUUUAGCAAGCUCAUUCGACUCAAAGUUCUUAUUUUGAAUGACAAUUCACUUGAAUUUUUUCCAAGUAACAUUUUUCGAUUUUUGCCAUUGACCCAUUUGGAUCUUCGAGGAAAUCACCUGAAAACACUACCAUAUGUUGGUUUCCUGGAGCAUAUAGGGGGCAUCAUGGAGCUGUUGGUGGAAGAUAAUGAAUGGUUUUGUGACUGUGAAAUAUUGCCACUUAAAAUAUGGAUAGAAAACAUGCGUUUCAAAUCUGCAAUUGGAGAAGUUGUUUGCAACAGCCCUAUGCAACUUAAAGGCAGUAUUUUAAGUAGGGUAAAAAGGGAAAUUUUGUGUCCAUCCCAUGCUGAAAUAGAUUUGGAGAAACUUUCAAAGACAUCAACUAUGGCAAUAACCCCAUCUUCAAAAGUUAUACCUAUUAAAAACCUCACACAAGGUGAUGGUACAACACCAGCUCUUGUCCCAGGGGUAGCAUGCCUUAAACAGUGUCCUUGCCAUAAACAUCCAACCAUUGGACUCUUGAUCCAUUGUCAGGACAAAGGCAUUCAAAGGAUAUCAGAUCUUGGAUUACCACAUGAAAGCCCAAGAGAGCUUGUAUUAACUGGCAACAUGAUUCAGAAUCUUUUACAAUAUGAUUUCGUAGAGUAUGGGAGCUUAAAAUUCCUCAAUUUGGCAAACAACCAAAUUGAAAAUAUUGAUGAUGAAACUUUUCUCAGUUUACGCCAUUUGAAAAGGUUAUAUUUAAAUGGCAAUAAACUUACAAGGCUAUCACCAGGCAUGUUUGCUGGACUCUACAACAUUGAGUAUUUGUAUCUGGAAUAUAACAUGAUCAAAGAGAUACUUUCUGGAACGUUUAGCACAAUGCCAAAUCUAAAGCUACUUUCCUUAAACAACAAUCGCCUUCAAACACUACCACCUCUGAUUUUUCACAGCAUGCCACUUGCUGAAUUAGAUCUCAGAAAAAACCUUUUCAUGCAUUUACCAGUGAGUAAUGUGUUGGACCACCUUGAUUCUUUAGAACGGAUUUAUCUGGAAGAUAACCCAUGGGAUUGUUCUUGUGAUUUGGUUGGUCUUAAGCAAUGGAUUGAGAAACUCAAUAAGGAUACAAUAGUUGGUACAAUGUUGUGUCAUUCUCCAAGAAAAGUUGCAAAAACUGAUUUGAGAUUCCUAAGAAAUGAGCUGUUGUGUCCAGGCUUGGUAACAUUUUAUUCAUUGCCAACUCAUGAUAAUAACGGAGGAGUAACCACAUCAGCAACAACCACAAGCACUGCAGGAAACCUUUUUAUGUCCUUCACAGAUGCUGUUCCUCUUUCUGUAUUAAUCCUUGGACUGUUGAUUGUCUUUCUUAUGAUUGUUUUCUGUGCAGCCGGACUGGUUGUUCUAGUUUUGCAUCGUCGACGGAGGUCAAAGAAGAAGCAAACAGAUGAUCAACCAAGGGAAAAUAGUCCUAUACACCUCCAUUACAGUAUGUUUGGGCAAAGAACCACCCAUCACAUGUCUCAGAGGCCUGGAGCUACAGUGUGCAAUGAACCAACACAUAAUCCCAUUGGACAGGUUUGCAGAAGUCCAACUUAUAAUGUACAUCUAAAAGAACAAGAACAAGAUGAAUUUGAUCUAAAUGAUUCUAAGAAUGUUUGUAGACGUAUUCUGGAAAAGGAGAAUGAUUCACCUAUGACUGGACUUAAUAGGAAAUUCAGAGCUGUUACUGAAUACCCACCUGAAUUUGUUACUCUUGGGGAUGCAGAUUCAUUAUAUAGAAACAUUCUUGAAAGAGAAAGGGAACUCCAGCAGCUAAGCAUCACGGAAUACCUCAGAAAAAAUAUAUCUCAGCUUCAACCAGCUGUUGAAGUCCAUGGUCACGGUAGACACGAAGAAUUGAAAUUAAUGGAGACAAUCAUGUACACCAGGCCAAGAAAAGUCACAGUAGAACAAACUAAAAAUGAGUAUUUUGAGCUUAAAGCCAAUUUACACACUGAGCCUGAUUACCUGGAGGUGCUAGAGCAGCAAACUACAUUGAACUGAAAAAGGAUUCCUUCAGGGAUGCUGUCAUCUGCUUUUGUAUAUACCUUGUUAAGUGCCUUAGUAAAUUAGUCUUGUGUAUUCUAUUUAUAACAGUGUAAAAACAUAAAACAGUAAUCCUAGAACUAAACUCAGGGAUCACUGUCAGAAGAGCAUCAAGAGCAGAAAAACUAUAAAGGUAUAUUUCCAUUAUUUAAACUGCAUAUAGUUUAAACAUACUGUUCAUUUUUUACUUUUUAUAUCAUGUGCAGACAUGGCAUCUGAUUUAUUUGGUGAACUGUGCUAGUUUUACUGUAUGUUUUAAGUUUCCAUUUGUCCUUAGUUGUUUACAAUCAGUUUGACAAUUUAGUUAAAGAAGGCUACAGACUCAGAUAAAAAAAAAAUAUAAUAGUUGCAAAGAUUAAUAUAUGAAACGACGUUUAAAAUUAUCGGUGAUGACAAAGGAAACAAGUAAAGUGCAUGUUUAUACAAUAUAUACACAAAAUUUAGGACUAACAUUGAACAUUUUGAA